AUGGAACCGUUCAACAUCAACACCAUCAACACCAUCAACACCAUCAACACCAUCAACACCAUCAACACCAUCAACACCAUCAACACCAUCAACACCAUCAACACCAUCAACACCAUCAACACCAUCAACACCAUCAACACUUCAACGCCAUCAGUACCAGUAUCAACACAUAACCAAUCUUUCCCCCUAUUCAUAAUUGCGUGUGAAGUAAAUUAG